UGCUACUCUUUGGUAGAAGUUUCGCUACACGCACACAGAUGUCAGCAGAGUUUGUCGUUCUGUCACUCUGUUGGUACCGUACGUUUAAGUGGUGCGGAAAAUUGGGUACAGCCUCUAUGACUUUCUCACAACUCCCGUGAACCUACUUCCGAUGAAUACUUCACCCAGUAGCGUAUUUUUUAAAUUCCUCUUUAACCGUUAUCCCUGUUCGCUACUCUUGACGUUUUUUGAACAACACCCAUGCGCUCGUGCCAGAAGAAAUUACCAUGCUAACACCGUUAGCUGCAGCUACUUGAUGUAGCUAUGUUUUUUCUCCUAGACUUAAAACGUCCAGCGAAAGGAGUGGUGAAUUCAUUUUAAAGGCUAUAUUUGUAGUUGUAAAGUAAGCGGCACUGUUGCUAGUUUCCCGCGUUUGAAAGCGAAGCUAUCUGUCAGAGAAAAAAAUGGGACUACACCCGCUAGAGUUUAGUGAAUGCUACCUGGACAGCCCAGGCUUCAGGGACAAAAUAAAGGCACACGAAGCGGAGCUGGACAAGACUAACAGGUUCAUUAAAGAGCUGUACAAGGAUGGAAAGAACCUCAUCAAUGCAACGAAGCAACUUGCGAUGGCACAGCGGAAGUUUGCCCAGUGCCUUGGAGAAUUUAAGUUUGAGUACAUCGGUGAUGCAAAGACAGAUGAUGAGAAAUGCAUUGAUGAGUCUUUACAAGAGUUCGCCGCAUUCCUCAGAAACCUAGAAGACCAACGAGAGCUGAUGAUGAGAAACAUCACAGAAACCUUAAUGAAACCCCUUGAGAAGUUCAGAAAAGAGCAGCUCGGUAUAGUAAAGGCGGAAAAAAAAAGGUAUGAAAAAGAAACCGAGAAGUACUACAGCUCUCUGGAAAAGCUUCUGAAUAUGUCAGCAAAAAAGAAAGAGCCACAGCUACAAGAGGCAGACUUCCAGGUGGAAACCAUGAGGCAGCACUUUCAGGCGGAGUCACUUGACUAUGUGUGCAAACUGCAGGAGAUUCAAGAGAGAAAGAAGUUUGAGUGUGUGGAGCCAAUGCUGGCCUUCUUUCAGACAGUCUUCACCUUUUAUCACCAGGGCUUUGAACUCGCAAAGGACUUUGAUCAUUAUAAAAAAGAACUACAGAUCAAUAUUCAGAAUACAAGGAAUCGAUUUGAUGCCGCACGGUCAGAGGUGUACGAGCUGAUGAAGAGGUUUAGUGAGACACCCCAAGAAUACAGACAGACCAGCUCUAUCAGUUGUGAAGGCUACCUCUAUGUACAGGAAAAACGGCCACCUCCCUUUGGUUCAAGUUGGGUCAAACGCUACUGCACAUUUGUCAAAGAGCAGAAGAUCCUGCACAUGGUGACCUUCGACCACAGAUCUGGUGGGAAGAUUGGUGAGACAGAAUCCGUCACGCUCAAAUCCUGUGUCCGCAAAACAACUGACACACUGGACAGGAGGUUCUGCUUAGAACUCGACAUAACAGAUCGGCCAGGGACAGUGCUAACAGUACAGGCGCUGUCAGAGGAUGACCACAAGUUCUGGAUGCUGGCCAUGGGUGGAAAGGAACAUAUUGGAUGCCAUCUUGGGAGGACCUUUUCUAAAGAACGAGGAAUUGAUGCCCAACUGGAUAAUAUGGGUUUGAGUUUUGUGAAGAAGUCUAUCAGUGCCAUAGAGUCAAGAGGUAUUAAUGAUCAAGGCCUGUACAGAGUUGUUGGGGUAAGCUCCAAGGUCCAGAAGCUCCUCUCAAUAAUGAUUGAUGAGAAGAGCAAUGAAGUGGAUCUGUCUGGCAGUGAGGACUGGGACGUUAAGACAAUAACAAGUGCACUGAAGCUUUAUUUGAGGAGCCUUCCCGAGCCGCUGAUGACGUACGGACUGUAUAAAGAUUUCAUCAGCCCUGCGAAGGGAGAUAGUCCAGAGACUCGCAUCCAAGCCAUCCACUGCCUAGUCCACAAACUACCGGAGAGGAAUCGACAAGUCCUCGGGCUGCUUAUGAAGCAUCUGGCCAAUGUGGCAGCCCACAGCCCACAGAAUCUGAUGACUGUGGCCAACCUGGGCGUGGUGUUUGGCCCCACAUUAAUGAGGCCACAGGAGGAGACCGUCGCUGCCAUCAUGGAUCUCAAGUUCCAGAACAUUGUGGUGGAAAUCCUCAUUGAACACCAUGAAAAGAUCUUUGCAGAUGCUCCCGAGUCGUGCCUUCUGUCAUCUGUUGCCCAAGUAGUCUCUGCUCCCACGAGGCAGUCCAAGAAGCUGAAUCGACAGAAUCGGCCCCUAGCUGUCUACAAUCCACAGUCUCUAGACAUUCAGAAUGUGUCACCAGUGGGAGAUAAUUCCAGCCUAGCUGCUGAUGAGACAUCACUGGGCAGCAAUGAGUCUGUAUCAUCCCAGUCGUCAUCAGCCUCGGCCUCAGAGAUGCCUACAGAGAGGAGUGAGCAUGCCACACCCAACACCAACCUCAGCUCAGGCAACCCCUCUAGGGCUCCCACAGCAGCAGCUUUGUGGUCCACCUCUGUAGCAUCUGGAGAGAGUCAAGCUGCUGCUACCACAGCUGCCUCAGAUAAAGACAAGUCAGAGGAGAGAAAGAAUAUGAAAUAUUUAUCAGGGCAUCGUGUGUUGAAGGCACAUUUUCUACAUGGUAACAUUGCUGGUAUCCGCGAUAACAGUUUGCAAUGUGUCACCAGCAGGAAAGCCAAGGCAGUGUACCCAUGUGAGGCUGAACACGACUCUGAGCUCUCCUUCCAGGUCGGCGCAAUAUUCAACGCCGUGACCCAGUCG